AUGGAAGCACCGCGGCUGGCAAUGCACCCUAAGCGCAAGCGCAAGUUCUUUGCGGAUCUCGCACAACUUCUCGACGAGAAACCACCAGCGAUUCGUCCACUGCAUUCUGCUUUCUUCGGUCCCGAGCUGCCUGCUGAAUAUCAAGUAAACCACGAUACGUUUUCCAGUUCAGAAGCGACAUCGAUGCUGUCCGUUCCUCCUCACUCGCUCACCAGCAACUCGUUCGAAUCGGUUGAGUUUGGUGCAUCACAUGCCAAAAACAGUGCAAUCGGUCAUUGUGGAGCGAGUGAACAGAGCUGGCAUCACGAGACCGUGGCGGACAGCUCGCUUUUCUUGCCUUGUAACAGUGACACUGAAAGUAGUGAAAAGAUGAAAGAGAACCAGCACGUACAUCCCAAGUCAGAGGUGAAUGCCAAUUGCAGAGGAGGUGUCAGAAAAGGUGGAAAGCCAGAGGAAGUUUUACCCGUGACGAUGCUGAUCAAUAGUGGAGUUGUGUCGGAUAAACCUUCGGCCGGCGCCUCUUUGGAGCUUGUGGACUAUUAUGAUACAGACCGAAUGUGCGAGCCAACGCCGUGCUGGCUGCAAGGUGGUAUUACUCGCUGCAAGAUUCAUACAGGAGAGAUUCGUCGACCAAUGCUGCUGUUCUGUCUACAAGCGUUGGAUGAGUUUGUUGCUCGUUAUACUUGGCGAGGACAGCAGCGCUGGCGUGUACAAGCAUGUAAGUUAGCGCGGAGAGUGUUGGCUUCGAUGUGGGAGGAAGAUCUACUCGGCAUAGCGCUAUCGGUGAAAGAUAUCGUUAUCGAAGACUGCAUCGUGAAGAAGACGACUGUCCCUGGAGUUGCGCACGAUGUGUGGUGUAUCAUCGCUCGUUACUGGGACAACUACAAGCACAAUUACCUUCACAAACCAGAAUUGAACUUAAGUGAUGCAAAGGUAGGUGAAGCUGUGCACACAGCUUCUACGUGGGAUCUUGUUCGGGCGGCACUUCACAUUUUCGGGAUGAAACCCAAUCAGGCGCUGCGCCUACUGGAUCAACGUGAAAGUGAUCGUAUUGAUCUCUCCAGCAUUACGGACGAACAGCUUCAAGCAGUGGCGCACGGACUUCCAAGUGUUGAACACUUGCGCGUUGGUAUAAAGUAUGUACAGCACAAAAGCACCACUCCUUUUCUUAACUCUGCGCCGACGAUUCGGCGACCCAUGGUCGAUCAGCAAGACGCAAAAACGGCGUUUCAUGCCAUUUUGAUUCAUUUGAAAAAGUGGAACGAAAACGUACAGGUGUUCCCAUGUGGAUCCUUCUCUCGCGGCGCCGCAUUCGUAUCCGUUCUCGAUGUCCUAGUUGCAAUACCUUCUCCAAGCAGCGCUCUGGCAGAUCGACAUACGCACGAUGAUGCGAAAAUGUUUGCAAAUGUGGUUGCAGCUUUGACGGCAGCACAUGUGCUUCGAAGUGGAACAAUGCGCCAGCUUACAAGCACUCGUGGGGCUUGUAUCAUUUCGUAUAAGAGUCGCUCAUUUUUGCUGGACUUGAAAGUGUACUGCCCGCCGAAGAGCUGGUUUGCGCUGCUGUACUUUACAGGAUCAGAAGAGUUUGUGAUCGCGUUCUUUUCUGGUCUUCUGAAGCGAUCACUUCGAGAAGUCCCGGACACUUCCUUCGAAAGCAUUUUCUCGAGUGUUGUGGAAACUAUCGACCACAAAUUGCUUUGUUCAGUCGUGUCCGAGAAAGACCUCUUCGAUUUAGCGGAUCGGGAUUAUUUGCAACCAGCAGACCGAAUAUGA